AGAAUCACAUUCCAGUCUCUUCCCUUUCUUCUCUUUACCUUUGAAUUUGUGUUUCUCUAAUUCUCUGUCUAUCCCUCUCUCAUUCUGAUGGCGGCGUCUUCCUUUUGCAGUCGUCUUCUAAUCUCACUUUCUUCGUUGAAAUCAGCUGCUAGACCGAUGAACCAUUCUUCUCUUCUCAACUCCUCUUCUGCAACAGUGUCGCACCGUCGUUUCCCAUCGUUUAUGAGAACUCGCGUAUACCAGUUAGGAAGUGUGCAGUCACUUUUGCCUCUUCAUAAUGCAGUGGCCACUGCAAGAAUGGUAUCAUCUCUUAGCAGUGAUUCAAGGAGUUGUCAAGCUCUUUCCCAAGGUAUCCUUUGUUGCAACUAUGCUGGACCCUAAAGUCUUUGUUACUUUGAAAUGUGAGGGAUUGUUUCCUUCUUUGUGACCCGUGUUCCAACUAGUUCAGGGGAAGAAGGAAAAACACAACUCACGAGUGAAAUCAGAGAAAAAUUAAAUCUUUUUUGUUAAUGGGGCUUUGAGAAGACAUAAAUUCACUCCAAUAACAUCUGGAACACUGCAUGCGAUUGGAAGAGGGGGAAAAAUUAUUUUGAUUUUCGGAUAAGUUGGGAAAUUUAUGUGUUAUGAGUUUGGCCUCAAUUCAUUUUCUUCUUAGACCAGAUACUAAAGUAGAGUAAAAUCUCUUCCUUUCAUUAAUUUUUGGUUGGAUACCCUCUUCUUGAAUCUUUGAUCUUAUGUAUUCUGUUGAAUUGUUUCCGGUGUCUGAGUGAUUCAACCUGCCAUUGUGCUUUGUAUGGAUUGGUCCUGUAGAAGGACACCAGGGGCUCUAAUUCACACAUUGAGACAAUAAAGGGAGUUUUAAAUGAUUUUUAUUUUUCU